GGUCAAAGCGAAGUUGAAUCCCUUCGGAGCGUGAGCUACACACAUAUAGGGACAGAGCCCCACACAGGACCCGAGCGCGAGCAAACGAACCGAAAGCCUUGCGUGCGUGCGUGCGACAAGCCAUUUUCUGUGCAGCAGCAGCAGCGAGCCGUGUGUGUGCAGUGUGUAAUUAAACGGGGAGGCUUUGGAGCAGAAUUAUCGGAGAUUGUGCGUCAAGUUUGCGGAACGGUGCGCGUUUUUCGCCUCUUCUGUGGCGGUGAUGCUGCCGCUCGAGAGUGUGUGAACCGAAAGUGAGCGAUCGAAGUACAAAACCGAAUAAAGACGGCGGCCCUCGGAGGGGGGCAGGUGUAGGCAGCACUACCAAGUCAGUCGGGGCAACCUCCGGAGCAGAAACAGCAAAGGCGUGAAAAACACAGCGGAGCAACCAUGGAGUCACUUAUUCCGAUCGUGAAUAAGCUGCAGGAUGCGUUCACCCAGAUGGGUGUUCACAUGCAGCUCGACCUGCCACAGAUUGCGGUGGUCGGUGGGCAGUCGGCAGGAAAAUCGUCGGUGUUGGAAAACUUUGUCGGAAGAGAUUUCCUGCCGCGUGGCUCUGGUAUCGUUACUCGUCGGCCGUUGAUUCUGCAACUUAUCAAUGGAACAGUCGAGUUUGGCGAGUUCCUGCACCAGAAGGGGAAAAAGUUUACAAACUUUGACGAAAUCCGGACCGAGAUCGAGGCGGAAACCGAUCGUGUUACUGGCAGCAAUAAGGGCAUUUCGACCGUACCGAUCAACCUACGGGUGUACUCACCUCAUGUACUCAACCUGACGCUUAUCGAUUUGCCCGGUCUAACGAAGGUGCCGAUCGGUGAUCAGCCGGCUGACAUCGAGAACCAGAUCAAGGGUAUGAUAUUCCAGUUCAUCCGCAAGGAAACCUGCCUGAUUCUGGCGGUCACGCCGGCCAACACCGAUCUGGCGAACAGCGACGCACUGAAGCUGUCCAAGGAGGUGGAUCCGCAGGGCGUCCGGACGAUCGGUGUCAUUACGAAGCUCGAUCUGAUGGACGAGGGCACGGAUGCACGCGAUAUCCUUGAGAACAAGCUGCUACCCCUGCGCCGUGGCUACAUUGGUGUGGUGAACCGCUCGCAGAAAGAUAUCGAGGGUCGGAAGGACAUUCACGCGGCGCUGGCGGCGGAGCGCAAGUUCUUCCUCAGUCAUCCCAGCUACCGUCAUAUUGCCGAUCGACUCGGAACGCCGUACCUGCAGAAGGUACUCAAUCAACAGCUGACCAAUCAUAUCCGCGAUACACUGCCGGCCCUGCGUGAUCGCCUCCAGAAGCAGCUGCUUACGCUCGAGAAGGAUGUGGAUCAGUUCAAGCACUUCCGGCCGGACGAUCCGAGCAUCAAGACGAAGGCGAUGCUGCAGAUGAUCCAACAGUUGCAGUCCGAUUUCGAGCGCACAAUUGAAGGGUCCGGUUCGGCGUUGGUCAACACUAACGAGCUGUCCGGUGGUGCUAAGAUCAACCGUAUUUUCCACGAACGGUUGCGCUUCGAGAUCGUGAAGAUGUCGUGCGACGAAAAGGAGCUGCGGCGCGAGAUUUCGUUCGCCAUUCGCAACAUCCACGGUAUCCGUGUUGGUCUGUUCACGCCGGACAUGGCAUUCGAGGCCAUCGUCAAGAAGCAGAUCUCGCAGCUGAAGGAACCGAUCCUCAAGUGCGUCGAUCUGACGGUGCUGGAGUUGUCUAACGUGGUCAGAAUAUGCACGGAUAAGAUGGCCCGCUAUCCUCGGCUGCGCGAUGAAACGGAGCGUAUCAUCACCACGCACAUCCGGCAGUGUGAACAGAAGUCAAAGGAGCAAAUGAUGCUGCUGAUCGACUACGAGCUGGCCUACAUGAACACCAAUCAUGAGGAUUUUAUCGGCUUCGCAAAUGCUCAAAGCAAAACUGAGAACGCGGUCAAAACGGGUACCCGCAAUCUGGGAUCGCAGGUCAUCCGUAAGGGACAUAUGUGCAUUCAAAAUCUGGGCAUCAUGAAGGGUGGAUCACGGCCGUACUGGUUUGUGUUGACUUCCGAGAGCAUUUCGUGGUUCAAGGAUGAGGACGAAAAGGAGAAGAAGUUCAUGUUGCCGCUGGACGGCCUAAAGUUGCGAGACAUUGAGCAAGGUUUCAUGUCCAGGCGCCACACUUUCGGACUCUUCAAUCCCGACGGGCGUAACGUUUACAAGGAUUACAAACAACUGGAGCUGUCCUGCGAGAGCACCGACGAUGUGGAUUCGUGGAAGGCGUCGUUCCUGCGAGCAGGUGUCUAUCCUGAAAAGGACACUCCGGCCAACGGGGAUGAGACCGAAGGAUCGGAGGAGAGCAGUGAAACUGGCCAAAGUGCCGGUUCGUUAGAUCCGCAGCUAGAACGGCAGGUUGAAACGAUACGCAACCUGGUAGAGUCGUACAUGCGAAUUGUUACCAAAACUACACGCGACAUGGUCCCGAAAGCCAUCAUGAUGCUGAUCAUUAACAAUACCAAGGAUUUCAUUAACGGUGAACUGUUGGCGCAUCUCUAUGCCUCGGGCGAUCAGGCCUCAAUGAUGGAGGAGAGCGCCGAUGAAGCACAAAAGCGCGAAGAGAUGAUGCGAAUGUACCACGCGUGCAAGGAAGCGUUGCGCAUUAUUGGUGACGUUUCAAUGGCUACCUUUUCGACCCCGGUGCCGCCACCGGUGAAAAACGAUUGGCUGUCGAGUGGUCUCGACAAUCCGCGGCUAUCACCGCCGAGCCCGGGCGGCCCACGAAAGGCUGCCCCACAGCAACAGGGAUCGCUGGGUUCCAUGGGAACUCCUGCUGGGCGGGGACCACCGCCGGCACCGGCCAGUGCUAGGCCGGCACCGGCAAUACCGAACCGUCCCGGCGGUGGAGCAGCACCACCCCUGCCCGGUGGUCGGCCAGGUGGUCAGGCGUUACCAGCGCCGCUAAUCCCAUCACGUCCGGGAGGUGCCGGCGCCGCGGGUAUGGCGCAGAUGAUUCCGGCUAGCACCAGGCAGCAGAUCAACCAGCAGGUUGGCCAGGCGGUCACCAACGCCGCCGUGAAUGAACUGUCGAAUGUGUUCGCCUCUAAGUUCAAUCGCCCGGUUCAGAAUGCUCCACCCCGUUUACCCGAUCGUCCUUACAAUGCCAUGAGUAGGCCGUGAUGAUAUGGGCUUGGAGCGGAGAGUAUUCGGCGCCGUCAGUAGCUUAUAGAGAAGCAGUGCGCCGCCGCCAGCCUCUCGGACAUGUUUGCAGGGCAAAUAGCACAAGUGGUCAUUGUAGCAAAAAGUGUAACAUAUCCUGAUUGAUCAGGACAGCAACGGUGCAAAAUUCUACGCCAUCAGCAGGACAAUUGGUGCUCUUUUGAGCACACCGUACGAUGGGAUAGGUGGGUAGUAAUACAAAAUAUUGUAACGAACCGCUUGUCAUCAUAACACACAGAGGACGAAACAGAAAUCAUUCCGAAUAGUUUACCCGAAUCACACAAUAGAUUGGCCGGCCGUCUUCAACGGUUGGCAAAACCAUCGUCACAGGCUUAAAAGAUGGGUAACACAUCGUCAAACGACUGAUCCCCUCUAAGGAUCGAGUAGCGACAACGGUCGCGAACAGGAUUAUAAAUGCAGGGUGUAUUAGGUAGUGUGUGAGUCAUAGUAAUAGUGCAUGGAAUGGCAUUCAGUCAGUAUCUACUACGCGGCGCAAAGUCAAACGAACGAGAAGGGUUUUGUAAAGUUUGAGACUUUGCUUUGCUUGAAAAUUUCUACAAACUUGCUACAUACUGCUGAGCGGAACAAGGAACUGUUCUUGGCAGACGCCCCAUUCGAAGAGUUGUAAUGGGCGGCUUGUGCAGUGCAUGUUAGAGAAGCCACCGAGGUUCCUACCGACUACACCAUCGUGCUCAACGUCAACGUGCUAAAGUAUUAUUUUGUACAUUUUUGUCGUAUGUGUAGUAUUUGUAAAUA